GGGCAAUAGUGUAGAUGUGGAGAGAAUAGGUGUUCACUGCAUAACACUUCAUACAAUGUUGUAGUGAAGUGUGCCUCCAGUCAAGUGAAUAGUGAGUGCAUUAGUGCCACGUUAUCACUGACUGCCCAUUGAUUGCGUUGACAGUGACUGCGAUUGUCAUCAUUUGAUCCAACCAUCCGUCACUCAUAUGCAAAUGUGAACACAUUUUGUUGAUUGAAUUGAUCCCAAGAAAUAAUUAGCCGACAAUUGGUAUAAAUGGGUGGCAGUCAGAGCAUUGAAGUGCCCGGUGGUGGCACUGAAGGCUACCAUGUUUUGAGGGUUCAGGACCACUCACCCGGAUAUAAGGCGGGACUGGAGGCCUACUUCGACUUCAUUAUAGCCAUCGGAAACACACGAUUGAAUCAGGAUAAUGACGCUCUCAAAGAGAUCCUUAAGACGAGUAUCGAUAAACCUCUGAAGAUGACGGUGUAUAACAGCAAAACGCAAACUGUUAGGGAAGUCGAGUUGACUCCGAGUGCCAAAUGGGGCGGACAGGGGUUGUUGGGGGUGUCCAUCAGAUUCUGUUCGUUCGAAGGCGCCAACGAACACGUCUGGCACGUCCUCCAAGUCGAGGCCAACUCUCCCGCACACAUCGCUGGACUCAAGUCAGACACCGACUAUAUUAUAGGCGCCGAUUCGGUCCUCCAAGAAAGCGAAGAUCUCUUUAAUCUGAUUGAAGCUCAUGAGGGAAAACCGCUUAAACUCUUCGUUUAUAAUUUAGCCUCAGAUUCAUGUCGUGACGUAACGAUAGUCCCGAACAGCAAUUGGGGCGGAGAGGGAAGUCUUGGUUGUGGUAUUGGUUACGGAUAUUUACAUCGAAUCCCUUAUAGAGAAGACCCGAUAGCAAAGGUAACCACAUCUGAGUCUCAAGAGCCUAGAAGUGUAGCACAAAAGCCAGAGAUGUCUCCAACACCGCAAUCGCAAUAUUUUGAGAAAAGAUCAUACGAACUGCAACCCCAACCCCCACCCCCACUGCCAUCUCAACUACACUCUCAACAGUAUACGUCUGCUUCCCUUUCCAACACUCCAGUUGUGGUUCACGAUCAUAAACACCAACAGGAAGUGUUUAACGCCAACAUAGGAGUGGCCGCACCCGUCCCCUCCACCUCCCCGUCGGUCUCUUCGCUGUCAAGUAAUUUAGCGAACAUUAGUUUAGGACAGGGAGGCGACCAGUACUUCAAUCAACUGACAACUUCGACGGUCACCACUUCCAGUGGCUCCUAUCCAUUGCCGGCUACACUACCAGUGACUCAGAUCGGCACCACUGAGGCAUAUGGCCCUCAAAGUACCAGUCCUUACAUACCGUCGUAUGGCUACAAUCAACCCAAUUAUACGAUGCCGACCAACACUGAUGUGAACCCAUUGGCCUCAUAUGGCGGUCAGUCUUUUACGACACCCAUUUCAUUGCCAGGAAUGCCUCCGCUCACAGUCAGUGCUACCCUUCCCACCGAUAAGUUUACGGUGCCGUUCGCCAACCCCAACACCUUUCCUCAACAGCACUACAAUCCUACCAAUCAAUCUGUUGGCUAUCAAUUAGAUCCAAACCAAACAUAUUCACCACAGCUUUAGGUUUUGAUAAAUAUGUUUAGCUUUUUCUUAAAUGCUUUUGUUGUCAAAUAUUUCAAACUACCGUAUUAUAAAUGCAUUGAAUAUUCAAUUUAUAUAAUGAUUUGGAGUC